AUGGAGUCGAAACGUCUUGAAACGUUCACAGGACAUGGCUUCUGUAAAGAAUGUCUGGACGAGAAUGCCAGAACCGCAAGAUCAGUUGAUAACGAAGCUAGUUGUGGCUCAUGUCGGGCGAUCAUUGGCGAUCACGAGCCACACCCCAUAUUCGCCACAUUCGUGGAAUACUCAGUGGAGGAAAGAGCUCACCACGUUAUAAACGGUUUAGAUAACAUUGAUGAAACGUCACCUGCAAAUAGCGUGAAGAAGGCAGGACGGAAGAUUCGAGAGGUGGAGAAAAUACUGCAGACGGACGCAACAACUUCGAAGAAACUUCUACAGGCUGCGCAGACACUUGACCAACGUGUGACGCCACUAUUUGCGGAGCUAGAGCGUAUCAAGAAAGAUAAUGAAAUCAUGCGAGAUGCCUUGAAAGAAUCAAAGGUUGAUCUUGAAGUUACAGAGCUAUUGCAACGAGAUAUGGAUGAAUUGAGCCAACUACUUCACGAGGCGCAAAAAAAACUUGCUUCCGAAGAGGAGGAAAACAACUGGUUGGUGAUAGCUUCACGAAGGCAAGCAGCUCAGAUUGCGGAAAAGGAUGUUAGAAUUCGGGAGUUGGAAGGUUUGGUUGAAAAACAGGAGAAAAAGAUGAAGCUCCAGGCGACGAAGCUAAAGGCAUUAAGUGGGAAAACCAAGCAUCCCGGCGAGUCUGUUCAAGAUCCAGAUGCGUCAUUGCAGAUUGUGCAACCUCCAACUAAUGUGGUGUGCUGA